UGUGUGUAAAUGGCUCCUCCUGCCACUGAAAACCGAGAUCGGAGCUCCUGGACAGUAAAAGCGCUUCCCCGGAGCACAGACCGAGCAGAUUCUCAGUGCAAUGCACUUUAGGCUUUUAUUUACAUCUCCCGAGCUCAGCGCAGUGUAAGGAUCCGGAGGAAGGGGCUGCAGCGGCGUGUGUUUACACCAGAAACCCUUCAAAUGAACUCCGUCAGAGCGACGAACCGCAGACCCCGGCGAGUGUCGAGGCCGCGCCCGGUGCCGCCUGACAGAAACAACGCAGAAAGAGAUGAGGAAGUUCCUGCCGAGAUGGUCGCAGAAGAAUCUGGUCAAGGCGCUCAAAAUAGUCCGUACCAACUUCGAAGAAAAUCUCUGUUACCGAAGAGAACAGCUUGUCCGACAAAGACCAGCAUGGAGGUGCGUAAAUGCUGCUAAACACCAGAUAAACAC